AUGUCAUCGCGUAGUCAAUACGUUUGUUGUUUCUGUGUUCUUUGGUUUGUUCACUCAGACAGAAGCCUCAGUAACUACCAUAAGGCCUGGAGUAACUACCAUAAGGCCUGGGCCUGGAGUAACUACCAUAAGGCCUGGGCCUGGAGUAACUACCAUAAGGCCUGGGCCUGGAGUAACUACCAUAAGGCCUGGGCCUGGAGUAACUACCAUAAGGCCUGGAGUAACUACCAUAAGGCUUUGAGUAACUACCAUAAGGCCUGGAGUAACUACCAUAAGGCCUGGGCCUGGAGUAACUACCAUAAGGCCUGGAGUAACUACCAUAAGGCUUUGAGUAACUACCAUAAGGCCUGGAGUAACUACCAUAAGGCCUGGGCCAGGUUUAACUACCAUAAGGCCUGGGCCUGGAGUAACUACCAUAAGGCCUGGAGUAACUACCAUAAGGCCUGGGCCAGGUUUAACUACCAUAAGGCCUGGGCCAGGUUUAACUACCAUAAGGCCUGGGCCUGGAGUAACUACCAUAAGGCCUGGAGUAACUACCAUAAGGCUUUGAGUAACUACCAUAAGGCCUGGGCCAGGUUUAACUACCAUAAGGCCUGGGCCUGGAGUAACUACCAUAAGGCCUGGAGUAACUACCAUAAGGCUUUGAGUAACUACCAUAAGGCCUGGAGUAACUACCAUAAGGCCUGGGCCUGGAGUAACUACCAUAAGGCCUGGAGUAACUACCAUAAGGCUUUGAGUAACUACCAUAAGGCCUGGGCCAGGUUUAACUACCAUAAGGCCUGGGCCUGGUUUAACUACCAUAAGGCCUGGGCCUGGUUUAACUACCAUAAGGCCUGGGCCUGGAGUAACUACCAUAAGGCCUGGGCCUGGAGUAACUACCAUAAGGCCUGGGCCUGGAGUAACUACCAUAAGGCCUGGGCCUGGAGUAACUACCAUAAGGCCUGGAGUAGCUACCAUAAGGCCUGGAUUCAAUGUGAGCUGAUCAGUGUGAUCACCAUCUCAGUCCCUCGUCUUGCUCAUCCAGACCUGGUCAAUAUCUGAGCUGUGUUACAAAUGACAUCACAGGUUAUGUCAUGUGUUGCUUCUUCAACAUGUCAAUACAAAACUGAGGAUUAUCUGUCAAAGCAUAUCCGUGACUACAAUUGCGAUUUGUGUUUGUUCUCCAUUGUCGUUGUAUCGGUUAAGGAUAUCUGCAACAUUUGCCUUUGUUUUAUAAGCUCAGUUAGAAGUUUGACACUUGAAGACAGCUGAUUGGUUAUCGGUUGAGAGUAAAGAACAUUGGUCAUGUGGUAGUGGAGUCGAGUGGGUAUUUGUCGGUUCGAAACGGAAACUGAUAUUCAAGCUAUUAAAUAUUAAUGUUUAUUGUCAUGAUAUACCAUAGAACCACACAGAGAGUUAGAGAUGCCAGAGAGAUGUUGAGAAUGGGACUGACAUUUGCGUUUCCCAAACGGCAGCCUAUUCCCUAUGUAGUGCACUACGUUUGACCAGAGCCCUAGAGGUAGUGAACUAUAUAGGGAAUAGAGUGCCAUUUGAGAAGUAAACAUACCGAGGGUGCGUCACAGAACCUACUGGAAGGCGUUAGUGCCAGACGUUGUUGCCUUUACGUUGCCAAUACGGUGCCUAUAGAUUGCAUAUACAUUGCAUAUAAGUUGCCUAUACGUUGCCUAUAUGUUGCAUAUACGUUGACUAUACGUUGACUAUACAUUGAAUAUAAGCUGCCUAUACGUUGACUAUAGCCUGCCUAUACGUUGCCUCUACGUUGCCUAUAUGUUGCAUAUACGUUGCCUAUAAGUUGACUAUACAUUGAAUAUAAGCUGCCUAUACGUUUCCUAUGCGCUAACUCUACGUUGCCUAUACGUUGACUAUAUGUUGCCUAUACAUUGACUAUAAGCUGCCUAUACAUUGCCUAUACGUUGCCUAUACGUUAACUAUACGUUGACUAUAUGUCGCCUAUACAUUGACUAUAGGCUGCCUAUACGUUAACUAUACGUUGCCUAUACGUUAACUAUACGUUGCCUAUACGUUGCCUAUGCGUUGCCUAUACGUUAACUAUACGUUUCCUAUACGUUGCCCACCCAAACAUGCCAUAUACUACAGCCAAGUUCUGCCUUUUGAAGUUGAGAUAAUAUAUUUAUCAGUUAUUUCAAGUGAUGUGUACAUAGUUAUAUUGAUAUAUUGAUAUAUAGUUAUAUUGAUAUAUUGAUAUAUAGUUAUAUUGAUAUGUUGUGUAUGUCUGUGCCAGUCACUCAUUUCAGGAUUUGAGAAAGAUAGAGAUCAUAGAUAUCAAAAGAUUUGUCAAUGUCAAAGAAUUCGAUCGAAAACAUAUCACAAUUGUGAUCUUUACUUUACUAAGAACUGUAAAUUAUUUAUUUUAAUGAAAAUAUUUGCUGAUGAUCCAACACAAUAAUUCAACCUCAAUGAUUCAACUUAAUGAUUCAACCCAAUGAUUCAACCUAAUGAUCCAACCCAAUGAUUCCAACCCAAUGAUUCAACCUAAUGAUUCAACUUAAUGAUUCAACCUAAUGAUCCAAUCUAUGCAUUUUGUCCCUUGAUUUUGAUUUGUGUUGCUAUUCUAUAAUUUUUAUUGUCACUUUAUUUGGCCCGAAGACAGACAUGUUUUAUUGUAUCAUAGAGCUGUGAAAUAUUACAGUAUAUUAUAUUAUUAUGUUGUUGUCAGAAUGAUUGUAUGUUUUAAUCAGUUAUAUGAGAAAAAAAUGAAGUAUAUUUAGAAAAUAGAUGAUAUUGCCAAGCUUUUUGUAAACUGACACUGUUAUUCUUGUAUUUAGCUGCUGUUUGUAGGAAAGCAUAAAAUAUUAAGUGGAAAUAUAUGAUAUAUCUAUAAACCUCUUGUGAGAAGCUAAGAAAGCUAAAAAAAAUAAUAAACUUUCUGGGACAAUCCCUACUUAGAUGGUGGAUUUUGGACCAAUUUAUAUAAUUUAAAGAAUAGAAAGCUAUUUACUUUUGCAUUUUAUAAAUAAAAAGUGCUCCUCCUCGUGAACAGAGGAAGAAAGAGGAAACAUCACAUAUUUAAAAAAUGAACUGUUUACAUGUCUGUACUUAUGUACAGGAAUAAAUUGGAUGUGUGCUGUGUAAUUUGCAAUCAAAAAGAAUAUAUAACUUGUGCAACUUUAACGUAUUAAGACAUAAAUAAAUGUACAUCUUUGUC